GGUGAUGCCCCUCCACGUCAGGUGGCCGUUCCCCUCGGCGCCGCCGCUGUCCUGGACGCUGGCCAGCAGCGUCGUCAUGGGCCUGGUGGGCACCUACAGCUGCUUCUGGACCAAGUGCAUGAACCACCUCACCGUGCACAACAAGGAGGUGCUGUACGAGCUCAUCGAGAACCGGGGCCCCAGCACCCCACUCAUCACCAUCUCCAACCACCAGUCCUGCAUGGACGACCCUCAUCUCUGGGGGAUCCUGAAACUUCGCCACAUCUGGAACCUGAAGUUGAUGCGUUGGACCCCCGCGGCUGCUGACAUCUGCUUCACCAGGGAGCUGUACUCCCACUUCUUUAGCUUGGGCAAGUGCGUGCCCGUGUGCCGAGGAGACGGUGUGUAUCAGAAGGGGAUGGACUUUAUUUUGGAGAAGCUCAACCAUGGGGACUGGGUGCACAUCUUUCCUGAAGGGAAAGUGAACAUGAGCUCCGAGUUUCUGCGCUUCAAGUGGGGGAUUGGACGCCUGAUUGCCGAAUGUCAUCUCAACCCCAUCAUUCUUCCACUGUGGCAUGUCGGGAUGAAUGAUGUCCUUCCCAACAGGCCACCCUACUUCCCCCGCUUCGGCCAGAGGAUCACUGUGCUCAUUGGGAAGCCCUUCAGCACCCUGCCCGUGCUCGAGCGGCUCCGGGCCGAGAACAAGUCUGCCGUGGAGAUGCGCAAAGCCCUGACAGACUUCAUUCAGGAAGAGUUCCAGCGUCUGAAGGCCCAGGCUGAGCAGCUCCACAACCAUUUGCAGCCCCUGAGAUAGG